AUGGCCAUGACUGCUCUCAUACCGCGAGAGAUUCGACUUUUGAUGCUGUCACUGUUGCUUUGGUCUUUUUGGCCGUUUGGCCGGGCAUCCAGUCAUGCAAUGAUUGACUUGCCACCGCUGGUCAACCUGACAACGGAGCACCUUGUUGAUCCCAUGGUCAUUGACGUGCCGCGCCCGCGCUUCGCCUGGCGCUUCCCGAAUGCCGACACAGUAGCGCCCAACACCUACCCCACUGCCACGCGCCUUGUGGUCACGGACAAGGACGACCAGACCGUCAUCUGGGACACCCAGCAACAGGUACUGAUGAGAAGACUGCCAGCGCCCCCUCUCACCAGCCUGCCAACACUGUCUGAUGAGAGUGGACUUAAGUACAAUGGCAGCGUCAUUACGCGCUAUGAUGGCCCCGCGCUACAGCCACUGCAUGCCUACUCUUGGCAAGCCACUUGGUGGGCCAACACGUCGUCGACCGCGUCAUCACCGCCAAGCACACCAGCCUCAUUUGUCAUGGGACCCCGUGUGCCCUCCGACUGGCACGGUGCACAAUGGCUUGGCAAUGAAAACGCCACGCUGCUGCGAACCACCUUGGUCGUCAAUGCCACGAGCAUCCGUCGUGCCACCCUCUUCAUCUCAAGUCCCGGCUGCUACCUUUUGGACGUCAAUGGACAUGCGCUUGGGGAUCGCCGAGCCCAGUGUCCUUGGCUUGAGUACGAAAAACGUGUGUUUUACGAGGCCCUUGAUCUGACAAGCGUUUUACAGCCGGCGGCCUCCAAUGCGCUGGCCAUAACCUUGGGGCACGGCUUUUAUGCCGCAAUCGACAAAGGCCCGCCGCUUGUGAAAACCUUGCUCGUGGUUGUGGAUCAGAAGGGCCAGUACAGCAUCUAUCCCAGCUUGGCUGCUCACUGGCAAGCUACAACCUCGCAUUAUGUGCAAGACGAUGUGUGGAAUGGUGUGGUCAUGGACUUUGCUGACUUCCAGCCCAAUGUAUCGUUCCCUGACUACCAGCCAGAUGCGCGCUGGGCUCAGGCUGUGGCCCGAACUGAUACACCGGAUGCCUACGGUGUCACCCUGCGAGCCAUGAACAUGCCCCCCAUCAUCAUCGAGGAAGAACGUGCUCCUGUCAAUGUAUCUCACUUGCGCAAUGGACACCAUGUCAUUGACUUUGGUGCCAAUAUUGUCGGCGUCACGCGCAUCCACACAACCCUGCCGCCUGGGGCGACGCUCUGCUUGGUACACGGUGAGACCCUCAACCCCGAUGGCUCCGUCAAUAACACGUACAGCGGCAAGCCCAGCAUUCAGGUCGACGUCAUAAAGGGUGCUUCCGGCAUGCCCGCCGACAUUCUCCCGGCAUUCACGUGGCAUGGCUUUCAGUACGUGGAGCUUAACGUCACGAACUGGCCAGCCUUUGACCCAAGCAACAUCCACAACUUGGUGUCCGCUGUGUACAGUCACACAGACAUCACACCUACCGCCACGCUCAGCUACGCUUCCAGUACCCCGGAGGGUUUGUUGGUGGGUCAGAUCAAUGAUAUGAUCCUCCGCACGCAGAAGAAUAAUAUGGCCACCGCCCUACCGACCGACUGCCCCACACGCGAGAAGCAUGGAUGGCUAGGGGAUGCUCUCACCACCGCCCCAGAGGCCAUGCUCAGCUUUGAUACGCAAGCCCUGCACGAACAAUUCCUACGCUCCAUUGCUGACGCGCAACUGCCUUCUGGCGACGUCCCAGGGGUCGUGCCCUCUACCAACAACGUCGGAGAAACUGCCGCAAGCAAGGCCACGGACAUUAGCUGGUCUGCGGCCUACGUCCUGAUUGCCGACUUCGUCUACCAGAUGUAUGGUGACUUGACAAUUGCAGCCGAGCUGUAUGAUUCGCUUCAUGCUUAUCUCAACAACCUCAAUGCUCUGGCCACAACGGAGCCAGGUGGUCUGGCCGACUUUUUUACCUGGGGCGACUGGUGCCCCUUUCAGGCUCGGGCUCUGGCGACGCCUGCCACGGGCCCGGAGCUCGCCGCGUUCAAUUGGAUUCUCUCUCUGGACGCAAUGGCGCGUCUCUCGUCGGCUCUGGGCGAGAGUGGUAACGCCUCGGCUUACGCGGCUUUGGCGUCUCGCGCCCGUGGUGCCUUUCAUGCUCGCUUUUUCAAUGCCUCGGCGGGCUUGUACAAUGGUGGGUAUGACAUGGACGCACAGACACUGACUGCAGCCCCGCUGGCACUUGGCGCCACCAUUCCUACUGCGUUGCAUGCCUCGGUGGUCGAAAGCUACGUGAGCAACGUUGUGGAUACUUUUGACGGACAUCUGACUUACGGUAGCGUCGGGGCAUCCCAUGUGAUGCAGACACUUGCCGAUCAAGGUCACUACGAUGUGGCCUGGCGCAUGCUAACCAAGCAUGGGCACAUUUUCUUGUGCGGUGGUGCACUUGAUUUCCAAUAUCGCUAUACCAUGGGUACGACUGUCCUGCUGAUUCUCGCCAUGCAAAAUUGGUAUCAAGCGAUUGCAUCUGGAUUGCAGCCGUCCGAGCCUGGCUUUGCCGCGUUCACAGUUAAGCCUUUGCUUGCCGGCAACCUGACCGAGGCCAGGUUGCAGUUUACCAGCCGCUAUGGGCUCUUGACCGUGGAGUGGGUCGUGCAAGCAGGAGCGGCCGAGGUUUCGGUCCUGGUGCCCGUGGGUACCACCGCCACCGUGUGUGCCCCACAUGUUGUGAACCGUCCACCUGCUCGUGUGUAUGGACCAGCUGGCGAUCUCGCACCCGGCGAAACUUGUGUGACAGCGGGGAGUGGUCACAUUCGCUUGGUCUCCGUCUUUGCCUAG